AUGUUACGUUUAUUAUUAUUUAUACAAAUUCCAUUUUCGUUUGCACAAAUUAAACGUGAAGUAACCCAAAAGGUUACAAAUGCAAAUGAGAAGGGGGUUCCUUUGAUCAGUCGUCUAGAGAUGAAGAAAGCUGUUGAUCUUGUAAACAAACUAGAAGAAACCAAACAGAAAGUUUGCCAGGCAUUCGAUAUAUGUCCGGAAAUUCACAAAGUUGCUGUUGCCAUCGGUGCCACAGCUGUGUCACCAAAAGAAAUUUUUGUGAUUCAGUUACCUCCCUUAAAUCCAGAUGCAGAUAAUUUAUCAGGCAAGGCUUGUGUGAAAUCUUUGUUCAGGCAGUUAAUUAUGCAGGAUCCAUUAGCUGAUGUUAAACAGAUCUCACCGACAAAUAUUUCGUUAUUAUUGUAUGCGCCAAGGAAAUCCAAGUUGCCUUGGUUUUAUCCAAAACCAACCUACAAGCUCCCUGUAAGAGGCAAGCAGUUUGAAUUCUGUCUUCAGAGCAAAUGUGGACAGGGAUCACACGAUCUAUCAACAAACUUUUCUAUAGUGGAAUUGUCCGGUUUUGAACCUUUCGACUCAUUUAUCGAUGAAUGUGAAGAAAUAUCUGGUAGUGUAGACACCACUUCACAUUCCAGCGAAGGUUCUGUGACUGCAGACUAUGUUUGCAUUGACUCCGAUCAUGAUCUUGAAAUAGUUAACAGCACUGAUGUUAAGGACAACUCACCUAAUGUGACACCACAGUUUGGUAAUUCAGGUUAUAAUACAGAUCAAUCAGCAAAUACGACGCCAAAAUACUGUGCCAGUCUCAUUGAGUCUGAUACAAGAGAUAACAAAAAAUUGAGAACGUCAAGUUCCACCAGCUCUAUACUUUCCCAAACCAGUGUGAUGUCAAAGGAAUCAGAAAAUUCGGUGACUAAAAGUAAAAAACAUUGCUCAGUGAUGACCGAGGAAGAUACGGGUGUGUUCUCUCUGACUGACACGGAGUUUAUAUGGUUUCAGUCUCCAUUGUUGAUAAAAGGAUAUAGAUGUAAAACAUAGCACUCACAUUUAGAGGUUUUCAGUUACUUGUAAUGAAAUAAGUACAUUGUAGUUAAUUUAUUUAAGUCCUUGUUAAAUCUUAGCAUUUACAAAACGAUAAUUAUUUAAAAGUAAGAGCUUUUUAUUUAUAAUGUACUGGAAUCUAUUUGCAUUUUCCUAACUAUUUUUAAAGUUCAUUCCUCUGGUUAAUAAACUGUUAAGGGCUCUGGCCUCUAGAUUGUACAACAACUAAAAAAGAGAGAAAAGACAGUUGUCAGUACUAUAUUUCUUAAGAAAACUUUGAAAUUUAAUUGCUGACAGACUAUAUGUUACGGAAACACGUGAGAAUUAGUUGUUUUUACUACUUUUUUACACUGAAAGUUGAAAAGCGUUUGUAAGGCUUUACUUUUAUUCAACAGCUGUUGUUUAUCACGUUUGUAAAAUCCUUGGAAACAUACUUUUUCUUUUUUCAAUCCAGAGACUCUUAGAAGAAUAAGACUGUAUAUAAAACAGUGCUUCAAAGAAAAAUACUAUUUAUGUUCAGUGAUGCUUUAUAGUAUAAAUAUAUCUUGUUUACAAAUAAUAAUUCAUACACAAAAGUUUGAUAUAUCUUUUUUACAAAUAAUGCUUCAUACACAAAUGUUUUAUAUGCACAAAUUCAAUAGAAUAAAAUAUGCAGAUAUAUGAAAUUACUUCUUGUGAUAGAAAAAUGUACAUUUUUUGCAAAAUAAUUAGGGAUGGGAAUGAAUACUGAAAUCAAUAUAAUCAAAUAUUCGGCUUGUUUUAAUGGAAGCUUUAAAUUCUUAUUAAGUGACUGGCAUAUACACAUUAUAUUCCAUUGUAUAAAACGUGAAUCAUCGUACGUUAUAAGGCCUAAAAAUGUUGUUUCGGGUAACCUGACACUACCUAGUUGAACCCACCAACCCUAGCGUUUAAUUCACAAUUCUGUCAGUAUAAUCAUGAAUAUAUUUAACAAAUUCAGUGGCUUAGCUUCAAAAUGAUACAAAAAAACAUUCAAAUCGAUUAUAAUUUAGACCAUCGCAACUUUAUCUAAAGAUAGUAGGUUGUCCAUUUAACGUGUCACGCUGUUGUAUUACCGCCAUUUUAAAAAAUUUCAGUUGGCGUGUAAAAAGCCGAUAAAGUUAUCGAAAGAAGACUUAAACCUCCUUCAACAUGAUCUUAUGCAUCAAUCAUAUAUUAUUUCUUGAUUUGAUUUUAUUAUAAACUACCUCAAAAUUUAUUUCAGUUAUGGCCGAUUUCCCCGGCGCUGUGGAUGAAAAACGAUUCUGUGGACGGUCUGAAAUGUCACACAAAAUAUUGUAAAAAGAUCGCCAAAAUCUACAAGUUUGGUAUUGUUUUCGAAAAAAUAAUAAUUCUAAAAUCUGUUACAUAAAACCGGCACCAAUAAAAAUGAACAAAAGAUGAAAAGGCAUGACAUUUACGCUUGUUGCAAGCUGUUAAUCCGUAAUGAUGACCCCUUCCAAUGCAAUACAAUGUUCUUGUUAAUUGGACAAUUUUUGACAUGUAUCACAUAUACGCCUAUUGCAAACUGUUAAUCUGUAGCGGUGGCCCCUGCCAAUUAUGCAUUACAAUUUUCUUGCUAAUUGGACAUCUUUUGAUACGUGAUAAACAAACAAGGCAGAACAAACAGUUUUAUUCAGCAGAUUUAGCAGGCUGAUGUUGCCCAAAAUCAGCGAUACUUAUUUUGAAAAAAAAAAAAAUAUCCACUAAUUUACGUAUUAAAGAAUUUGAUUUUCAUAUUUGAAUAUUCGGCCGAUUUUCAAUAUUCUUUCCCAUCCCUAAAAAAAUGUUUCAAAGAAAAAUACAUCAUAAAAUAAAAGAUACCUUCUUUACAAAAUAUUGGUAUCGUACCACAAUAUUUCAUAUGUAUAACAUUUCAUAUGUUAUUUGUUAAUAUCCCUAAACUUUUCAUUUCUUGCUAAUGCAACUCAAAUUAAUUCUUAACUUAUUGGCAAUGUUCAUUGCAUUUAAAGGUAGCUAAAUAUGUUAUUACAAUAAGUUAUUAUGCCCCCCUUCGAAGAAGGAGGGGUAUAUUGUUUUGCAGAUGUCGGUAUGUCUGUCGGUCGGUCGGUCGGUCUGUCUGUCGGUCGGUCGGUAUGUAGACCAAUCCGUUUCCGGAUGAUAACUCAAGAACGCUUGGGCCUAGGAUCAUGAAAGUUGACAGGAAGGUUGGUCAUCACCUGCAGAUGACCCCUAUUGAUUUUGAGAUCUGUAUGUCAAAGGUCAAGGUCACAGUGACCCUAAACAGUUAAAAAGUUUCCGGAUGAUAACUCAAGAACUCUUGGGCCUAGGAUCAUGAAAGUUGAUAAGGAGAUUGAUCAUGAUCAGCAGAUGGCCCCUAUUGAUUUUGAGGUCAGUAUGUCAAAGUUCAAGGUCACAGUGACCCUGAACAGUUAAACGGUUUCCGGAUGAUAACUCAAGAUUGCUUGGGCCUAGGAUCGUGAAAGUUGAUAGGGAGGUUGGUCAUGACCAGCAGAUGACCCCUAUUGAUUCUGAGGUCAGUAGGUCGAAGUUCAAGGUAAUAGUGACCAGGAACAGUAAAACAGUUUCCGGGCAAUAACUGAAGAACGCUUGGGCCUAGGAUCAGGAAAAUUGAUUAGGAGAUUGAUCAUGACCAGAAGAUGACCCCUAUUGAUUUUGAGGUCAUUUGGUCAAAGUUCAAGGUCAGACUGGCUAGGAACAGUUAAACGGUUUCUGGACGAUAACUUGAGAACGCUUGGGCCAAGGGUCAUGAAAGAUGAUAGAGAGGUUCAUCAUGACCAGCAGAUGACCCCUAUUGAUUUUAACGUCAGUAGGGCAAAGGUCAAGGUUACAGUGACCCAGAACAUUUUAACCAUUUCCUGACAAUAACUUGAGAAAGCUUUGGCCUAGGAUCAUGAAACUUGAUAGGGAGGUUGGUCAUGACCUGUAGAUGACCCCUAUAGAUUUUGAGAUCUGUAGGCUAAAGAUCAAGGUCACAUUGACCCAGAACAGUUAAACCCUUUCCAGACGAUACCUUAAGAACGCUUGGGCCUAGGAUCACUAAACUUAAUAGGGAGGUUGAUCAUGACCAGCAGAUGACCCCUUUUGAUUUUGAGGUCAAUAGGUCAAAGGUCAAUGUCACAUUGAACCAGAACAGUAGAACUUUUGUUUACAGUGAGCAAAUAAUUUCUGUUCCUUGUGCAAUUUCUGAAUGCAUCAAGGGGGGCAUUUCGUGUUCGACGAGCUCUUGUUAAACUUGUGUCUAUUGCCAAAAUUUGAAAAUUCUUGUGGACUUAUUCAUCACAUUGUAUAUCGAAGUUGGCAGUUGUCAGCAUUUACAGUUACUACUAUGUAAAUUGGAAGACAAGAAUGUUUUGUGACAAAUUAUGCAUCUGCCCAGGGUAAAUGUUGAAAAAUAAGAUACUGUUUGUGGUUGUAUUAUUACAAAAAAGUUAUCUGGGUACAAAACUUAUUAUGAUUAUAAUUUCCCUGAGCAAGUAGAACUAGGUCAGCUGAAGUAGAUAUCAGUAAAACACUGAUCCCUCAAUCCACAGAAGUCUGAUAUUCUAUCAAUAAAACUCUAGAAGCUAGUCCAUCCUUAAAAAAAAGGUACCCACUAUAUUUUAUAUAUAGUGGUAGGGUACUUUCUUAAAGAUAGACUUCUGGAGUCAUAUUGAUAAAAUUUCAGACUCCAGGACCUGUGCUUAAUCACAAGGGGGUGAGCAAAAUUCUACUUAUCCAGGGUUUCGAGCAGGCCAUACAUUGAGCAUGUUAGGAACUUAACCGUGCUUGAGUCAGCCUGUUUACUCAAGCCAUUGAUGCCCGAACGGGUGGUGUGUCACUAUAGUAUAACAAAAUGCAUGGUGUUUGUUGUAAAUAUUUUGUAUAAUUUAUUUAUCAUAAUAUACUCUUGUACCUAGAAUUUGUGUGUCAAGAUGAAGACAUGUACACUUUAGAGAUUGAUUGCUAAUAUAUUUUGUAAAAUGAAAUAUUUUUAUUGUAAAUUUUGCAUAGUAAGACAGUUGUUUCUUAGAAUCUGAUACAGAAGGUUCUUUCAAAGUACUAAGUAUGACUUUGACUUUCUUUAAUGUAUCUAGUACAUUAAACAGUAAAUACCAGCAUUCUGUACAUACAAUGUGCAUUUUAUAACUAAUUACAUACAUGUACAAAAGUACAAAUUACACUAGCGCCCUAAGCCUGCGCGCUUAGUCCAGUAGGGAAAGUGCUGAUCUAUAGAUCGCAGGGCGGUGAGAUGGAUCCCCAUGUGGGGCAUACACUCUCUGUGACGAUUUGAUAAAAAUUAUUGUACUGAUAUCAUUCGUCCUCCACCUCUGAUUCAUGCAGGGAAGUUAGCAGAUACUGCCCUUUAUUUCAGGACUAAUUUCUACAACAUUUUGUGUAAUGCACUACUAUGAAAGUGAGCACUGCAUGUUGAAUAAGAAGAAAUAUGAUUUACUUAAAGUAAAGUCUGAUCAGUACACUUUUAUAUUAUAUUUAUAUGUGAACAUUAGUCAGCAUCAUUUUGAAAUAACAAUUUUUUAAUAUGAAAUAAAGGUGGUAAGAUUUC